UGAUGAAAAGAAAAGAAGAGAAAGCAAGUGUCAGAACGUGAACAGCAAGAAGCUGAAAAUCUUGCUCUGUCUGUCCCUCUUAGCAUUAAAUUCUGUAUCUCUCUACCUCUAAUUCUCUUCCCACCCAGAUCGCCCCGUCACAAUCAGACGCUGGCUUAUCAUUAUUCUAGCAACCUCCUACUUUCCGUCAGCUUAUCACCAUUCUAGCAACCUCCUGCUUUCCGUCACGUGCUGGCCCAUAUUGCAUUCCUACCUCCCCUGGUCGCAGACCCCAAUGUCCCAAUGUCCUUUUUGUUCUUGCGAAGCCUAUUUUGGCAACGGCUUCACCCAUCGUCCUCCUCAUCGGAUAAUCUUAUCUCCGCCGUCAAGAUUCGGCAGCCGGAUCUUUACGUCGAUGAUCAUCUAACUGUUCAUGGCAUAGAUGGUGUAUUGGACCCAACAUUUGCAACCAAAUGUUCUUUUCCUGAUGUUGAUCCGAUGACCCAGAUUCAUCCAGGUGAGGUGAAUCGAUCAUUUCUUGAUCACGCCAUAAGAGCAUUGAGAUGGAGAGGAUUCAAUGUAGUAGCCACAGCUAUGGCUAUCAAGAGGUCGGAACUACUAUCUCUAUCAUCGGUUACGGUUUUUGCGAUUUCCGACGAGAACUUGUUCUCGCGUUCUGGCGGAUUUCAUUUCGAUUUCCGGCAUCAUGUUGUGAAAGACAGCAUUUUGCUGAUCUUGCGAAGUUGCCGGCAAGUGGGAAGGAUUUUGAUACUUUGGCUCCGAACAAGACAAUUCUUGUUCAUUCUACUGACAUAACUGUUACCGUCGACGGCAUCGUGGUUGACGGGACAGAGGUUUAUCAUAACCGGUGGAUUGUUGUGGUUUCUAUAAUGAUGUCACUGGAUGAUGCCGUCGAUAAUCAUCCCGCCGUGAAGCCGCCAAUUCCCAGUGACUUUCCAGUUCCCGGUGCGUUGGUUCCUUCUCCGUCGCCCUUUUCAGCCGAAGAUCCAAAUACCAAUAUGAAAAGGAUUCCUUCUCCGGCUCCGGCGUCCAUUUCAGUCGAAGCUCCAAAUAGCUACAUGACAGGUGUUCCAUCUCCGGCACCAUUAUCUCCGGCGAAUAUUCCUGUAGGUUUUACUGAUGUCCCUUUCAGUAAAACACCAUCCCCUGCACCAUCAGACAUAUUAUUCGACGAUUCAACUGGUGCCCACUUCGGCACAACUCCAUCACCAGCACCAAACCUUGCCCGAGGGAUUGAAAAACAAGUUACGGUGAAUGGGUCCCUAGGGUCUCCGGGACCGGCUUCACCCAUCGUAUUUUUAUGGACUGUUCGAUUCCAUUCGGUUAGCUGAUGCCACUGAAUUCACUUGCUCUGAGUUGUUGCUUCGAAUGUUCCAGGCAAAAUUUCUCAGUUAACAAAGCAAUCUAUCACCGCCAUUUUACUUGGGGAGAAGUUGCAAAACAACUUCUUUCACCACGGACUUAUGGAUGUGCAAUUGAAGUUGAAACAAUUUCUUUAUUUGGGGUUUCUGGGUUUUGGUUUCUAAGUGGUUUAGUGAUUUGGGUGUUCUAAAAGCUGUGUUCUGUAAUUGGAACUGGAGUUUUUGAAGGUUUUUGUGAUGAGGGUUGAGUGUUUAUCAAGAAGGUAAGCUGGAUAUUGGCAAUUGUGGUUUGGUUUUAACUGGAAAUUGAUUACUGUGUCCUCUACAGAUCUGAUUGUGGUUCUUUUUAUAUGUCAAUGGGCAGUGAUACAUGCAUAGAUCCGCUGAUUUCUCUAAUU